UUGACGCCAGUCAUUUCCAGUCGGCAUCUAACCUACAUUUCAUAUUUAUUUGUUUUGAUAUUGAAAUAUAGUAAUUAUUUUUAUAAUUGUUUCUCAGUUAGUCUGAAAUAAAGAGAAUUAUUUUUAUUAGUGUAUAUUUUUAAGACUAAUUAUGAUGGCAACGGUUAUGAAGACAGAGUCAGAAACCGAGUUGUGUACAAUUUGUGGCGCCGAUGGAGGAGGCGAAUUACUGACCCCAGAGGAGCACGAUGCAGGUGGAGAGCCGCUGCAGGUGCCGCUGCGAACCAUGCUACUGCACCUCAAUAAUAAUAAGGUUGUACCAGAAGGUCGGCUAUGUCCUACCUGCAUCCGAAGAACUGUCGAUGCAUAUGAGUUCAGUUCGUCUCUCUCGGCUCGAAAUACUCCACCACUUAGUGAGAAAAUCCGUGCAUUAAGACGGAAGUUAUAUGAGUUGACACAGAAAAUCGAUGUAUUCAUUGUUGUUGGCGGACCGGGAGCAAAUGCAGGUGGUACAUAUAGCGAGGAGGACAUCAUCAUGGUGGAGAAAGAUGCUCUAGCUGCCGCAGCUGCUGCUGAUGACGAGGAUCUCGAGAGAGCACGGAAUGCACGGGGAGAGAAUGUGUAUCAGUGCUCAGUUUGCCCACAGUCAUUCCAGCGCGUGACCGAGUUCCGGUCGCACGUGUCGCAGCACCCGGCGGACGCGCUGCACUCGUGCUGGUCGUGCGGCGCGCAGUUCUCGUCGCUGGCGGCGCUGCGCGCGCACCACGCCGACCACGCGCCGCUCCACGAACUCACCUGCCACCUCUGCAGCACAGACUUCGCGACGGCGGCGGAGCUGCGCGCGCACUGCGCGUCGGGCGCGGCGUGCGGCGUGUGCCCGGCGUGCGGCGCGCGCGCAGCCUCCCGGGCGGCGCUCGCCGCGCACGUGGCCGCCGCGCACGGCGGGGGCGGGGCGGGCGGCGGGGGCGGCGGGGGCGGGGGGGGCGCGCCCUGCGUGUGCGCGCGCUGCUUCCGGACCCUGCCCGCGCCCGCCGCGCUCGCCGCGCACCUGCUGCGGCACCGCCGCCCCGACCGGUUCCUGUGCGGGUACGACGCCUGCAUCCUGCGGUUCUCCUCCAGAGGCCACCUGCUGGCUCACAUCCGCAAGUGCCACUCGUCGUCGGGCUCCGCCCCCGCGCCCCCCGCCGCCCCCGCCGCCGCCGCGCCCACCUGCGAGCACUGCGGUCGCAAAUUCGGGUCUGUAGCAGCCAUGAAGCGCCACGCUCGUGUGCACCGCGACCGGCUGAUCACCAAGGAAGACGGCCAGGAUUCUCAGCUGGAAGGCGACGGUGAGGAGAUGGAGGUGGAAGCAAAUGUGAACGUCGACGCUGAAGGUGAAGUAGAAUACCUUGAAGUUGAAACCCUUGAGGAUAUGGAAUACCGCGAGUAGACCACCAACGUGUGUUAGACAAAUAAUAAAUAUUCAUUUCUAAUACAAAUAAACCAAAUAUUGGCGACUUUGUGUAUAUUUUCUCGUUAUGUAAGG